AUGCCGAGUGCUCUGCAAUUCCAAGUUUCAAACUCACGCAUCAUAGUUCCACACUCGAAGCACACUUUCGGCAUCAACGUUCACUCACACCGUCGUCUCUCAUUCACAAAACUCUCGUCCCUUCCCCAACCUCUGUGCUCCUUCACCGCUCAACCCUCAUACCACACCUCCACCGUCGGCUCUUCAUCGCUCCAACACUGGAACCUCACCAGCCGCCACGUUACCGUUCUCAACGGCUUUGCCUGCGCGACGGCAGUAUGUGCAACGUUGCUGUUUUGCUCCGCGAUUCCGACGCUCCUGGCUUUCAAGAAAGCAGCGGAAUCGAUGGAGAAGCUGAUGGAUGCCACGAGGGAGGAACUUCCCAACACCAUGGUCGCAAUUCGAUUAUCCGGCAUGGAAAUCAGUGACUUAACCACUGAGCUCAGUGACAUAGGGCAAGAGAUUACUCAAGGUGUUAGAAGCUCCACUCGUGUAGUUCGCUUGGCAGAGGAGAGGCUUCGCCGCUUGACUACUAUGCCUUCUUCAGCUUCCUUGCAGGGAACGAUCAAGUCGAAAGCUGAGGGUAGUGAUGAGCCUGUGGUGGCCAGAACCGCAAGGGGCGUGAGGGAGGGUAUCGUCAAGGGUCGUGCUAUGCUGCAAAUGUUUUUCACGUUCACCCAAUUUUCAAUGUUUGCUCUCAACUUUAUCACUGGUCGUAGAAAAUUGUCAAGCUAG